GCGCUCGCUCGCGGUGGAGGAGCAGUCGCCGCCAUUUUGGUUUCGCCGCCUCGGCUCGGAGCAAGGGCUGAAGCGGCGGCCGCUCGGUCGGUCCGGGUCCCGGGCUGGGCCCCCUCCGCGCGGGCGGCCGGGGGGAUGCGGCGCGGAGGAGCCCGACCUCGGCCCCGGCCGUGUUGGCGCUGACACGAGUAAAAGAUGCUGGCUGCCAGUAGUAGAAUAGAUCUUCUGUGGAACAUAUCUCUGUAAAUCUUCCCUGACGUUACUCAAAGGCAUAUAUUCCGCCUGUGAUGGACCCUCGGAAUACUGCUAUGUUAGGCUUGGGUUCUGAUUCUGAAGGGUUUUCUGGGAAAAGCCCCUCUGUGGUAAACAUUGGCACGUUGGUGGAAAAAGGAGAAGCAGAGCUCGAAGGCUGCACUAAGGAGGACGACGACAGCAAGAAGAAGAAUCGGGAGGGAAGCAGCACAGAGAAUGGGAAGAAUGAGGCUCUGUCUGAUGCGCAGCAACAGUUUUCAGUGAAAGAAACAAACUUUUCGGAGGGAAACUUGAAACUGAAGAUCGGCCUUCAAGCAAAGCGGACGAAAAAGCCUCCCAAGAACCUCGAGAAUUAUGUGUGCCGGCCUGCUAUAAAAACCAGCAUCAAGCAACCUAGAAGGGCCCCGAAGAGUGGGAAGAUGACAGAUGAGAAGAACGAGCACUAUCCUUCGAAACAGGACCCUUCAAAGCCGUACAAGAAAGCUGGAGAAGUUGCGGCAGUUGAAUUGCCUGUGGAAGAAGGUACACAAGUAGAAACAAACCCUUUAGCUAAGAAAGUUUCCCCAUUACACUCUGAAAUGACAGAUUAUAUAAAGUCAUCUCCUCCGACUCUUAUCAGUAGCCAUAAUUCUGACUUAAAGGAUAGAACGCAAAUUAACGGAGCAACAACUGUAACAGAAAAACUGGCUCAACUUAUUGCAACUUGUCCUCCUUCAAAGUCUUCCAAAACAAAGCAGAAGAAACCUGGGAAUGGAACUACGUCUGGCUUGGUUAAAGACUCGACGAAGAAGCCACCGGGAACCAUUGCUGCGAGUGGGUUAGUUAAUAAAGAUUUGGUAAAGAAACUGCCAAGUUCUGGUAUUGCUGUCGGGAUGGUCAGUAAGGACUCAGGGAAGAAGCCAUUAGGGAUUGGUAGUGCAGCCAUAUUGGUUAACAAGGACUCUGGGAAAAAGCCACAAGGGAUUGGCCCGUUAAUUGGCUUGGUUAACAAGGACUCUGGAAAGAGGCCGCCAGGGAUCAGCCCUCCGACUGGGUUAGUUAACAAGGACUCUGGAAAGAAGCAGCCGGUGACCAGCUCUGCAGUUGGAUUAAUCAGCAAAGACAUUGGGAGGAAACUUCCGGGUAUCAGCACUCCGGCCGGAUUGACUGGGAAGGAGUCUGUCAAGAAGCCAGUAGGAAUUAGCACUCCAGCAGGAUUGAUUAACAAAGAUGCUGGGAAGAAAUUAUUGGGAAUAAAUAGUCCUGCAGGACUCGUUAAUAAGGAUUCUGGGAGAAAGCUGCCAGGGACUGGCAGCGUGACAGUUCUGGCUAACAAAGAAUCUGGAAGGAAGACACCAGGGAUUGGCAGCCCAGUAGGACCAGUUAACAGGGACUCUGGGAGGAAGAUGCCAGGAAUUAGCAGCCCGGUGGGGUUGGUUAGCAAGGACUCUGGAAAGAAGCCAACGGCAAUCAGCAGUCCAGUUGGUUUGGUUAACAAGGACUCUGGAACUCUGAAAGCGGACUCUCUUUUACCUGCCUCGGAGCCCUUUAAGCUUCCUUGCAAUUCAAACCUCAGUAGCCUUGAAAGCCAUGAGACUACGGACUUACUGAAGGAAAAUACGACAAGCAAAACCUUUGAGAAGCAUAUUAUGAGGCCGAAUAAAGAAAGUAUGUUGGAGAAAUUUUCAAUUCGGAAAGAAAUCGCUGAUGUGGGCAAAGAGAUGUUUAAUGAAGGAAUCUGCAUUCCCCAGGAUGCUUACUCAACCAGUGAAAAAGGGAUUUAUGAAACAUCGAAGCAUGAAAAGCAGCCUCCAGUUUAUUGCACUUCACCAGACUUCAGAACGGGAGGUGCUUCAGACGUAUCGACAGCAAAGUCCCCGUUCAGUGCAGUGGGAGAGGGAAAUCUCCCAUCACCCUCACCCACGGUGUCUGUUACCACCUUAAACAGGAGCCUCUCCACGACGUCUUCACCAUUAGCGUCUAAUCCGUUGCAUUUAAGUUCCACAGCAGAUCUCUUGGAAGGUAUUUCAGAUCAGAUUGGUAAAACUCCAUUUUCUUCUGACAGCACACUCCUGAAUAUCAACAGAACGUUGAACCAUACGCUGAGCACCGAUUUUAAAGGUGCUGAUAAAGAUUUGAAUGAGUCAAAAGCUGUUUACGUAGAAACUUCAAGAACUAGUCCUUCGACAGGGAAGAAGCCCAUUUUGGGACCUGAAACAAGCAUUCAUGCUACUGUCACCCCAUCAGUAGUGAGUUUUACAAGCUUGUUUAGCAGCAAGCAGUUCCUAAAGAUCGGGGCAAUAGCUGCAUCAGAUAAAUCCUGCCAAGGAGCAAAAAAUCUGAGCGCUUCUCAGCAGUCAAAACCGUUAAAGAAAAGAAAAGGAAGGAAGCCACGAUGGACUAAAGUGGUGUCAAGAAGCACGUGUCGGCCUCCAAAGGGCCUGGAACUGGAAAGGUCAGAGCUUUUUAAAAACAUUUCAUACAGCGCACUAUCCAGCAGUAAUUUGGAGCAGGCGAAAUUCUUGAAAAACAUAGGAUCCUCUUCAUUUGUGGAGCAUGAAUUUGUCAAACAUCAGCUGCCAAAACUGACUGAAACAAAUGGGCAGUCACUUGCCCUCUUAGCUGAGGCUGACAAGCAAACGCAAAAGUUCUACAGCGCUCACAAACAACCCUCUGGUUUAUGUAUGUCGGACGAUUUCUUGCCUGACAUGUAUAAACCCAAGAGAGGAAGACCAAAGUCCCAGGAGAUGCCGGAGCUUGAAGGUCCCCCCAAAAGAACUCUGAAGAUCCCAGCAUCGAAAGUCUUCUCAGUGCAGUCAAAAGAAGAGCAAGAACCUCCAAUAUUGCAGCCUGAAGUAGAAAUUCCCUCUCUAAAACAGAGCUUAUCAGGACAACCUUUUCCUAAGAAGAGAGGGAGGCCUAAAAGACAGAUCAGGUCAUCAAUUAAAAUGAAGCCACCUAUUCUUUCUGUGGCACCUUUUGUUGGAACUGAGAGCUCGAGCAAGAUAGAGUCUGAAAGUGAUCAGCAUCGAAGUGGGGAUUUCUUUGAGAGAAAGGACCAGCUCCGAGGGCCAGAAGAAAUCCAAAAACCUAAUAUUUGUAGCAUGACUGAUUUAGAAGUAGACGCAGACAGAAAAGUUGCCAAGAGAAAUAAUGGACAGUUAAUGAAAACAAUUAUUCGAAAAAUAAAUAAAAUGAAAACUCUGAAGCGAAAGAAACUUCUGAAUCAGAUUCUGUCUAGCACUGUCGAACCAAAUAACAAAGGGAAAGUGCAAUCUAAACUCCACAAUACGGUGUCCACUCUCGCUGCCACAUUUGGUUCAAAAUUGGGCCAGCAAAUAAACGUCAGCAAGAAAGGAACCAUUUAUAUAGGAAAAAGGAGAGGAAGGAAGCCUAAAGCUGUCCUGAAUGGGAUUUUAACUGGCAGCUCGGCUGGCUUGGCAGUCCUUGAGAAGUCUGCGCAGCAAGCUCCUGGUACGUCGCUAGGACAGGUACUUCCCCACUUGCUGCCUUCAGCAGGUACCAAUGCCGAGAUCCUUCCAUCUCCAGUUUGCUCCCAGUCUUCUGCGGUGAGCGGGGGCCAGAGCCCCGUCAGCAGUGAUGCAGGAUUCAUUGAGCCCAGCUCGGUGCCGUACUUACACAUCCACUCCAGGCAGGGAAGCGUCGUUCAGACCCUCGCCAUGAAGAAAGCCGCCAAGGGAAGGAGGAGAUUGUCUCCACCAACACUGCUGCCCAACUCUCCCUCACACCUGAGCGAGCUGACAUCGCUGAAAGAAGCCACUCCUUCCCCCAUCAGCGAGUCCCACAGUGACGAGACGAUCCCCAGUGACAGCGGAAUAGGAACAGACAACAACAGCACUUCAGAUCGAGCAGAGAAAUUCUGCGGGCAGAAGAAGAAAAGGCAUACUUUUGAUCACGUUUCCCUUAUUCCACCCGAAACGUCCACUGUUCUAAGCAAUCUAAAGGAAAAGCAUAAACACAAGUGCAAGCGUCGCAGCCAUGACUACCUGAGCUAUGAUAAAAUGAAGAGACAGAAGCGAAAAAGGAAAAAGAAGUAUCCUCAGCUUCGAGGCAGGCAGGACCCAGACUUCCUCGCCGAAUUAGAGGAAUUAAUAAGUCGGUUAAGUGAAAUUAGAAUAACCCACAGGAGUCACCAUUUCAUACCCCGCGAUUUGUUGCCAACCAUUUUUAGGAUCAAUUUCAAUAGUUUCUACACCCACCCGACUUUUCCUUUAGAUCCUUUGCACUACAUUAGAAAACCCGAUCUAAAGAAGAAGAGAGGCCGGCCACCCAAAAUGCGGGAGGCCAUGGCAGAAAUGCCUUUUAUGCAUAGUCUGAGCUUUCCUCUCUCCAGCACCGGGUUCUAUCCCUCCUACGGCAUGCCUUACUCUCCUUCUCCCCUCGCUGCUGCUCCCAUAGGCUUAGGUUAUUAUGGAAGGUACCCUCCAACUCUUUAUCCUCCUCCGCCUUCUCCUUCUUUCACUACCCCCCUGCCGCCACCCUCCUACAUGCAUACAGGCCAUUUGCUGCUCAAUCCCACCAAAUAUCACAAGAAGAAGCAUAAACUUUUGCGCCAGGAGGCUUUCCUGACAACAAGCAGGACUCCGCUCUUGUCAAUGAGCACAUAUCCCAGCGUUCCACCAGAAAUGGCUUAUGGCUGGAUGCUCGAACAUAAGCAUAGACAUCGCCAUAAGCACAGAGAACACCGUUCUUCGGAACAGCCGCAGGUUUCCAUGGACACUCUAACGGCCAAUAGCUCUUCAAGAACAGUUCUGGAGUCCUUGAAGCGCUACAGGUUUGGGAAGGAAGCUGUUGGUGAGAGGUACAAACAUAAAGAAAAACACAGAUGUCACAUGUCUUGUCCACACUUGUCACCGUCCAAGGGUUUGCUAAGCAGAGAUGAACAGUGGGUCAGGAGGGAGCCUUCGGAGUCCAAUUCAUUAGCGCUGGGAUUGCAGACACCGCUACAGAUAGACUGUUCAGAAAACUCCUCUGGGCUGUCCCUGGGGGCAUUCACUCCAAGCGCUGAGCUGGCCAGCAGCGAUGAACACACAAAUCUUUUCACAAGUGCAAUAGGAAGCUGCAGAGUCACAAACUCUACCAGCACCAAUGGACGUAAAAAAUUACCCGACAGCCCUGGCCUCUUCAGUGCCCAGGACACCUCCCUCAGCCGGCCAACCCGGAAGGAGCCGCUGCCUUCUGUGGAGAAGGCGCUGCCACCGCUGGCAGGCACUUUGCCAACACAGGACAAACCUUCCCAGAGGCAAACGGAGAGCACAAGCUGCAGCCCUUCCAGAAAGAGAUCAACAUCUGAGGGCACAUCUUCUACAGUGGUUGGAGCCCCUGCCCGAGGUGCUCGGCAGGUGUCCGGUGAGGAUUCCGUGGACACCUUACUGCAACGCAUGGCACAGCAUGAGGGCCCGGCUGCUUUGGAUAAAACCUUAGAAGCUGUCAUUGCAAAUGUUUCUGUUCCACCAUCGGCCAGUCCUGCUCGGAACCACACCAGGGAGAGAGCUCUGGGCAAACAGGACAGCCUGGCAGUGCCUGCAGUUCCCAGCAGCUCCUGCAGCGACAGCGUUUCGCUCCUCUCAGACAGACUCCCAAGCAGCUACUCCCCACAUCAUCUCAAGAGAAGCGUGGUCGAAGCCAUGCAGCAACAAGCAAGGAAAAUGUGCAAUUAUAACAAGAUCUUGGCAACAAAAAAAAAUCUUGACCAUGUCAAUAAAAUUCUUAAAGCCAAAAAACUGCAAAGGCAGUCACGGACAGGGAAUAACUUUGUGAAGCGCAGGCCGGGGAGGCCCCGGAAAUACCCGAUGCAGGCUGUCGUCUCAAUGCAGGCUUUCCAGGCAGCUCGACUGGUCAGUCAAGAGUUAGAGAAGAGAGAAGAAAGCAGCAGCCCCUUACACCUCGGCCCUGAUACCAUCACAGAUGUGAUUGAAGCUGUGGUGCAAAGCGUGAACUUGAAUCCGGAUCACCAAAAAGGCUGGAAGAGAAAGAGGUGGCUUGCAGAGGAGCAGGCCAGGAAGCGACAGAAGCCUUUACCGGAAGAUGAACAGGAGAGCAGUAAGAGUUUUUCUGAGGCAGUCACUGAACCUCCCAGCCCUCAUGAUGCCCUUGGGAAACCGCCUGAACCCGAGAAUCCUGAACAGCCUCUGCCUUCUCUCACCCAACGUGAGAAAAAAGCCCCUCGACCCCCAAAGAAGAAGUACCAGAAGGCUGGGCUCUACUCUGACGUGUACAAAACAACAGAACAUUCGUGCUUUAAUGAAAACAGAAAAUGCGGGUCUGCAAAUGUCAGGUGUUCCUCACUGAUUUUUGUUGUCGAUGUCAUCCACAGUCCCAAGAGCCGUCUGAUACAACUGAAGAAAGAAAAGCUGGAGUAUACGCCUGGAGAGCACGAACACGGAUUGUUUCCAGCCCCUAUACAUGUCGGGAAGUAUCUCAGACAAAAGCGAAUUGACUUCCAGCUGCCUUACGACAUCCUCUGGCAGUGGAAACACAAUCAGUUGUAUAAAAAGCCAGAUGUCCCACUUUACAAAAAAAUCCGUUCUAAUGUCUAUGUGGACGUCAAACCUCUGUCUGGCUACGAGGCCACAACCUGCAAUUGUAAGAAGCCAGAUGAUGACAGCGGAAAAGGCUGUGUGGAGGAUUGUCUGAACAGGAUGAUCUUUGCCGAGUGUUCACCCAACACCUGCCCUUGCGGUGAACAGUGCUGUAAUCAGAGGAUACAGCGACACGAAUGGGUGCAGUGCCUGGAGAGGUUCCGAGCCGAGGAGAAAGGAUGGGGUAUUCGUACCAAAGAGCCCCUGAAAGCAGGACAGUUUAUCAUUGAAUAUCUGGGAGAAGUUGUUAGUGAGCAAGAAUUCAGGAACCGGAUGAUUGAACAGUACCAUAAUCACAGUGAUCAUUACUGCCUGAAUUUAGACAGUGGAAUGGUGAUAGAUAGCUAUCGUAUGGGCAAUGAGGCUCGUUUUAUCAACCACAGCUGUAAUCCUAACUGUGAGAUGCAGAAAUGGUCUGUGAAUGGUGUUUACCGGAUUGGACUGUACGCUCUUAAAGACAUAUCUGCUGGCACCGAAUUGACUUACGACUAUAAUUUUCAUUCAUUUAACGUUGAAAAACAGCAACUCUGCAAGUGUGGUUUUGACAAGUGCAGAGGAAUAAUUGGGGGUAAAAGUCAGCGAAUGAAUGGACUUUCAAGCAAAAGCAAUCAGCCCGUGAGCACCCACAGAAGACCUGGACGGUCGAAAGAGAAAAGGAAGUCAAAGCACAAACUAAAGAAGAGAAGGGGCCACAUCUCGGAGGAGCCCAGUGAAAGUGUGAACGCGCCAACGAGGCUGACACCGCAGCUUCAGAUGAAGCCCAUGUCUAACAGAGAAAGGAAUUUUGUGCUGAAACACCAUGUCUUUUUGGUACGAAACUGGGAAAAGAUUCGACAGAAACAAGAGGAAGUGAAGCACGUCAGUGACAAUAUCCACACCACAUCGCUGUACAACCGCUGGAAUGGGAUCUGCCGGGAUGACGGCAACAUUAAAUCCGAUGUCUUCAUGACCCAGUUUUCAGCCCUUCAGACCUCCCGCUCUGUGAGAACACGACGGUUGGCUGCAGCUGAAGAAAAUCUUGAAGUGGCUCGUGCUGCCCGCCUAGCACAGAUCUUCAAGGAAAUAUGUGAUAGCAUUAUAUCCUAUAAAGGUGAAGAUUCCUCCAGGCAGGCGCUUGCUGCUCCCCUCCUGAACCUUCCUCCAAAGAAAAAAAACGCAGACUAUUAUGAGAAAAUCUCUGACCCAUUGGACCUUGCCACAAUUGAGAAACAGAUCUUGACUGGUUAUUAUAAAACAGUGGAAGCUUUUGAUGGGGAUAUGCUGAAGGUCUUCCGGAAUGCCGAGAAAUAUUAUGGCAGAAAAUCUCCAACCGGGCGGGACGUGUGCCGGCUGCGGAAAGCGUAUUAUAAUGCUCGCCACGAGGCAUCUGCCCAGAUCGAUGAAAUUGUGGGAGAAACAGCAAGCGAAGCUGACAGCAGCGAGACAUCUGUCUGUGAGAAAGAAAAUGGGCAUGAGAAGGACGAGGAUGUGAUCCGUUGCAUUUGUGGGCUUUACAAAGAUGAAGGACUCAUGAUCCAGUGUGAAAAGUGCAUGGUCUGGCAGCACUGUGACUGUAUGGGGGUCAAUUCUGACGUGGAACACUACUUGUGUGAGCAGUGUGAACCUCGAUCUGUGAACAGGGAGGUUCCCAUGAUUCCUCGUCCCCAUUAUGCCCAGCCUGGCUGUGUUUAUUAUAUCUGCUUAUUACGGGAUGAUCUGCUGCUGCGCCAAGGUGAUUGUGUUUACCUGAUGAGAGACAGCCGGAGAACUCCAGAUGGACACCCAGUCCGGCAGUCCUAUCGGCUCCUGUCCCACAUCAACAGAGAGAAACUCGAUAUUUUCCGCAUUGAAAAACUCUGGAAAAAUGAGAAAGAGGAGCGGUUUGCAUUUGGUCAUCAUUAUUUCCGUCCACAUGAAACACAUCAUUCCCCUUCGCGAAAGUUUUAUCACAAUGAGCUCUUCCGGGUGCCAUUGUAUGAAAUUAUCCCCUUAGAGGCUGUGGUGGGAACAUGCUGUGUUCUUGACCUGUACACCUACUGCAAAGGGAGGCCAAAAGGCGUGAAGGAGCAAGAUGUGUAUAUUUGUGAUUACCGCCUUGAUAAAUCAGCUCAUCUCUUCUACAAGAUCCACCGGAAUCGUUAUCCUGUCUGCACCAAGCCCUAUGCCUUUGACCACUUCCCCAAGAAACUCACACCCAAGAGAGACUUUUCACCUCAUUAUGUACCAGACAACUACAAGAGAAAUGGAGGCAGGUCGUCCUGGAAAACAGAUCGCUCAAAACCACAGAUUAAAGACUUAAACCAAGAAGAAGAUUCACUUCCACUUAUUGAGGAUGUAUUAGGAAACCAGGAUCACACUGCAAACGAGCUGCCCAGGCUGGAGGAGGCAGAGAAGGAGACGGUGUCCAGCGAGAGCUGUGACGCUGACAAAAAAGUGGAAGAAAGCAAUGCCGACACGAGGCAGCCGUGCACUCCAGAGGAACGGCGGCAUAUUCAGCGAGAGAGACUGAAUCAGAUCCUGCUAAACCUCUUAGAGAAAAUCCCAGGGAAAAACGCUAUCGACGUCACCUACUUGCUGGAGGAGGGCUCAGGACGCAAACUGAGGCGGCGCACUCUCACCAUCCCGGAGAGCAGCUUCAGGAAGUGAUGCCCACGAGAAGAAGCCGUGGUCUGGAGUCUGCAACAAGGUCUGCCGAGGGCUGCGGGCAGGAGCCCACCUUCGUCUGCACCAGCCAAGGAGAGGAGAGGGCAGCAGCAAACUGACAAAUGACAAACAGUUAGCACUUAGAGGCCUGGGCCGGCAAGCUGCCCUGCCCUGCUCUGCAGUGCUCUUAUGGUGUGUGUGUUGUUGGGCGUGCCUUGUAUCGAUGUUAGGUACUGAGAAAAACCUCGUGGUUAUUGUCCGGGAUGGUCAAAUUUAAUUUAUUUUUGCUUGAUAUUCCCACUCAGAGGAAAAAAAAAUAAUAACAAAUAAGAAAUGAAUGGGGAGGUGAGAAGGAUAGGGACUGACUUACUCUGGUGAGAAUAUACCCCAUGGUCACCAAUCAACCUGUGAUUGUACGAGACGCUGGUGGCACCGCGGCCGGUGAACGGAAUCCAGCUGGGAGAGCGGAGGCCCCUGUGGCUUUAAUGGUAAUGGCUGCCCUGAAUUGUGGCCUCUGAUUUGCACAAGUUCCAGGAAGAGAGAAGCGUUCCCGAACAGGUUCACCGUUCCGAACAGGUUCACCGUGGCACAGGAGGCACUUCGGUCUGCGGCUAGGAGACGCUGCCAGCGUCGGCAUGGGCUGCAGCGGGAGGGGAGGGUGCGGGGUGGGGUUUUUUUUUUUUCCACUUUUUUUCUGCAGAGAAGUUUUAUAAAGCAAGUCAGCUCCUGACGACACCAUUGCUGUGGGGUUUUUGAUAAGCUGUGGUUCUUGUGCGUCCCGUGUGUUGUGCAAAUUAAAUCCUGUUCAAAGAAAAAAAAAAAAACAGAAAAAAGGCAAAAAAAAAAAAAAAGGAAACCUUCACUACAUGAACCGUUGAGCAGUAUUCCGAGCGAGUAUUUGUUGUGAACUGUAGGAUAUAUCAACUGCUAACACUUUUCUUGUGUUCUGGUUGUACAGCUGAAACUGUCCGUCUCUUAAAUUAAGAGACAGUAUAUCCCGCACCGCCUGCGCUCUCUGCCCUGAUGGGGCGCUUUUUGUUUCCAAACGCAGCCACCAGGAUUCCUACCCGCGGAGCCCGCCAUGGCCAGCAGGUACCAGCCCACGGUUGCCACCGGCCGCCCCACACGGGCGAAUUUCCCGGCUCCAGGCUCCGGGGCCGCGGCAAAGGGCGAGGGUGGUCGGCGUAUGCUGCCCCUUGACAAUGGCUUUGCUUUUUGUCCUUCAGACGUACAUAUGCAUAUACAGUCCUGUUUUAGCUGUUCUUCUUCUAAGAAAUCCAGUUUUCAAUGUGCCAAGUUGUAUAUAUCUGCUGCGUGGAUGUAAAGCAAUACCGUAGUUCCAUGUUCCUUUUUAACGGACCAAGCUUGUCCUAAUGUACAUUGUUAUUAUUAUAAUUAUUUUACUCUUAGUGGAACACGCCUCAUUCCAUUAACUUUUUCUGUGUUGAUUUAAAAAGAAGAAGAAAAAAGAAAAAAACUACA